CAUUUUUGUCCUGUUUUUCCCUUUCUUCCGCUCCUUUUCUUUUGAUUUCGUUUUUUUUUUGCCCUUCCCGACAGAUGGGGUUGAGGUUAGACGACUUUUUUCAUUUUUCUACUAAUAAUUUCAAGUUCUUUUCUUUUUCUUGAUUUAGAGAAGGCCAGAGAGUUGUGGUGGAUUCAGAAUCUGAUUGUUUGGGUCUCACAAGAUUGUCUUUACAUAUGAGAGUGCAUCUGAAGUUUCUAAAGUUGGACACGCGUAGUUUGAGAUGUAGAUGGCUUUUAUUUUGAUUUUUAUAGGCCUCAGUUUGCCGACUUUUAAUGCUCUUUUGGGGUUUUGAAGUCUAUUGUGUCUAUUACAAAAAAAUUUCCCCAGUACUGGAAGUAAGUAGCUUGUGAUAGAGGUAGAUGAGUAGCUUGCUGAAGUCCUUCAGUCAGUAACACUUUGAGCACUGUUAUCAAGAUUAGUAAUUGAUUACCGCAAUUACAUCCGUGUGUAUACACUAGUAAUUUUCAAGGGAGUAUGCUACUCUCUGUAGAUCUUUAGAUGUUUUUAGCCCCACUAUUUUUUUCAACAUUCUUUAUUUAAUAGGCUGCCCUGUCCAUCUAACCGUCUACAUUUUUUAGCUUGUAGAUCUGUAAUUCCUAAAGAUGAAGAUUUGUCCAUCACAAACCUCAGCGUGUCUCUCAUAUUUCACUGUGAUAUUCCUUAGCAAAACCCAACUCUCUUCUCAUCCAGCAGGGGUUUUUCAGAGAGAGACCUUGUCUAUCCACGAAUAAAGAGAAAGAAGAAGAGCAAAUUUGAGAAUUUUACGUCAAAUGAAAAAAUUACUCAAUAAUCUUACUAGGGUGAGGACAGGAUGCGUUUUUCUUAGGUUGGGACAGUGAAGCAUUGAGCUGAGUAUAAUCCUUUGACUCCUAUAUCACUACAUUAGUAUUCAGCAUGGUAUGCCGUACCAUACCGAAUCAGAUGGUACUGGGCCUACUGUACCGGUUCGGUAUUCGUACGGGUACCGUUAUGCCAAAAAAAAAUCCGUACCAUACUGUACUGAUACUAUGCUAAUCUGGCACAGAUACGGGGUCCGGUACUGGUACGGCAAACUUUGGUAUUCAGAUGUAGAAUGUUAAAUUUUACGUUUCCAGCAACGUGUUUUUUGAACGAGAGAUUUUACAGUAGAUGUUUCUGCUUUUUUUCUUUUUUGAGUGUGUUUUUGUUCUCAUUAUCUCCUGUUCAUAUAACUGCCCACUUGUUCCAGUCUCCUCGAUUUUUGUUGUAUUAAUUAUGCUGACAAUUAUGCUAGUGAAUGAGAUAUAUGCAAAUCAAUCAAAAUCUCAGUGCAUGAAGCUUACUGUGAUUACAGAGCAUGCGAACCUUGGAAAUAAUGAUCUGGGAAGCAGCCAUAGGGAGGACUAUGAAUGAUUAACGAGUAUUUUGGUUACAACAGUAGUCUUAGGAAAGUUCCUAGCAUCCUGAAUAUCUAGAUGCAGACCCUCUCUGAAUCUUGAACAGUGAUAUCUCCUGAAUGUCUUGGUCCUUUUCCAUCAAGCAUAUUUUUGUUAAUACCAUUUUGUAUCAUGAAUCAUGGCUUGAUAUAGACUGACCGAACCUGUAUAAUGUGUUGUUCAUGUUGAUUUCUAGAGUAUUUGUUUCUCUCGUGUCCAUAAAAUGGGAUUCUUUGCAUGGCCAUACAUAUAAGAUUUAUUAUGUGUAUAUACAUCUGUAUUUUAGGCUAUUUAAAUAGUGAUAUUACGUUAAGUGGCGAUAUGUUUCUUGCAAUGCAAUAAUGUUCAAGGGACAAAACACAUUAUUUAUUGGAACAUCUAUUAUUAAUUAUACCAAAAGGUAGCAUUUUGCAUAUCUUGAGCUAUAUAACUAAUGAAAAUAAGUUGAGUGGAAACAUGCUACUUGCAAAAUAAUAAUAUUCAAGAAAUAAAAAUACAAAUUUAUGGAACAUCUGUAAUUCGUUAUUGCAUAAAUGUCAACUGGAAAAAGAGCAGCUCAACUAGAAGCAUUUCAAAGGGUUCAGUAAUUUAGACAGCCUUUUGCCGUUCUGCAUGAUAAAGAAACAUCUCACAGUUAUCAAUUACAUCUUCAUUUUGGCUUCUCAUUCAGAACUGUCAGUCUAGUCUUCUUUUCUAUGCUACUUUUACCUGGUAUUGGCAUUCUUGAUGCAUAUGAAGAUUCUCUGAAUAUAUUCAAUUUGAUGAUUUUCAUUUCUUUAGUUUCUUUUUUCCGCAUGCGUGAGAGUUAGAGGGUGUGCCUUGGUGCAAUGGUAAGUUUAUUCCAUUGUGAUUUAGGCGUCAUGGGUUCGAGGCAUAGAAACAGCCUCUCCACAUGCAGGGUAAUGCUGCAUUACAUCUGACCCUCCAUAGGUCUCAUAGUGAUGGGAGCCUCAUGCACUGGCCACACCUAUUUGUGAAAGUUUUGUUGAGUGAUAAAUUUUGGUCUUCACAAUUUGGUUUGAACCACCAAAGCACCAGCUUGUUUAAUUUUUUAUACAGGUACUGAUUUUUCCCCUCUUUCUUCAGGAGAAAGUUGCAAUAAAUAUGGAGCAUGUAGUACUCUGAAAAAUAUCCUACAGCAUCACAGAUUGCUUAGUAUCUCCACGUUGGUACAUUGGGUGAUCCUAGAUAAACUAACGUGAUGAAAUGAAAUGAAGGCUUCACAGGAUCCUCAGAGCACGGCAGAAUUACAGCCAUCGUCGCAAGCUUCACACGAAGUGCAAGGUAACCAGCAAAACUCUUCCGCUACAGAUGCUCCUGGAGCGGACUCAGGUUCAGCAACCAUUGCAAGCAGUGAUAACAGAAAGGUUUCUCGUGAAGACAUUGAACUUGUCCAAAAUUUGAUAGAACGCUGUUUGCAAUUGUAUAUGAGCAAAGGGGAAGUGGUUAGGACUCUCUCCAAUCGUGCUAGAAUAGAACCUGGUUUUACAACACUAGUAUGGCAGAAACUGGAAGAAGAAAACUCUGAGUUUUUCAGAGCUUACUAUAUAAGGCUUAAACUGAAAAAACAAAUCAUCUUGUUCAAUCAUUUAUUGGAGAACCAGUACCAUCUGAUGAAAUACCCUGUGCCACCUAAGGUUCCACUGGCUCCAAUGCAAAAUGGGUUGCACCCUAUGCCUGUUAAUAAUUUACCAAUUGGGUACCCAGUCUUUCAGCAACCUCCAAUGCCAACUACUGGCCAGCCUCAUGUUGAUCCUAUGGGUUGUGGACCAUCGAGCUGUCAUGUAGUUAAUGGAAUUCCUGCUCCAGGCAGUUUUCAUCCCAUCCGUAUGAAUUCUGGCAAUGAAAUUGUGAUGGACAGUGGUGCACCUGAAGCAGCUCCUGCUGCUCCUCCAUGUAGUGCUAUGUCAUCCAUGUCAGAGAUGGCUGUGAGUCCUGCAUCAGUGGCAUCGGGCAAUCAUUUUCCUUUCACUCCAUCCGAGUUAUCAGGGAUGGGUAUGGAUGUAUCUGCACUUGAUCCGAACUUCACAUCUGAUGUAGCGAACACAGGAGGGUUGCAACUAGGACCAGAUGGUGGGGUUGGAUCCUCCAGGGAUUCCCACAGAUCAUUAGGACAAUUUUGGAAUUUCAGUCUGACAGAUCUGACUGCAGAUUUCGCAAAUUUGGGAGAUCUUGGGGCCCUGGGAAACUACACUGGCUCUCCAUUCCUACCAUCAGACUCUGACAUCCUGCUUGACUCUCCAGAACAGGAAGAUAUAGUUGAGGAAUACUUUGCUGAUGCCAUCACCGGGCCCUGCUCUCAGUCAGAUGAAGAGAAUCAUAGGGAACAGAAUUGAUGCCACCAUUUUGCCGACUUCACUUUCUAGGAUAGACUGAUUACAAGUAGGAGGCUGGCAUCUCUAAAUAUUGAGAUGUUAAAGUUGAAUGGAUAUUCAGUGUGCCUUAGUGACUCGUAUUAUCCUAUCUAGGUCAAUAGCUGACAGCUCCCACUGGUCUCCAUCAAGUGUUGUAGAAUUUUGCAGUGGAUAUUCUAAAUAACUGGAGAAUAUCCAGUGGUUCACUAUUGCUGCAACAAUAAAUAAUCACCUUCUGAGCCAAUAUUCUAUUGGCAUGAUUGAUAGUUGGUUCUCUUGCAUGCUAUUACUGUAUAUCGUAACAGGACAUCGUUACGAUCUAACUGCGUCGCAUGAUGAAUUCUUAUGAGCUCUUUGCAUUAUGGUUCAACUCAA